GAUCAUUGUACCCGUUAUAUGGGUCAAUCUCAGAUGAAACCACCGAACGCGUACGCGGACCGCCACAAGCAGCCUCACCUCCUGCUGCCGACCUCCUUGCAUAUUCAUCCAGACCUUCGUAUCUGAGGCACUGCUACUGAGUAAACCAUGGAUGACGAUGAUGCCGAUUACAUGCAAGGCAGCGACGACGAGGACUACGGCUUUGACUACUCCGAUGAUGAUCAGGAGGAUGCGACCGCCAGUGCAGAUGUGGAGAACAUGUACUAUACGGCGAAGUCGAAGAAGGAAGACAACCCAGAGCAGGCAUUGAAGGAAUUCCGAGUGAUAGUAGAUCAGGAGGAAGAGAAGGGAGACUGGGGGUUCAAAGCGCUAAAGCAAUCGACAAAGAUACUGUUCCUACAGCUUCACAGACCAAACGAUGCGCUACAAACAUAUAACGAGCUGCUCACGUACACCAAGUCUGCCGUCACCCGCAACUACUCUGAGAAGACUAUCAACGGCAUUUUGGACUACGUCGGCGGUGGGAAGGGUGGCCCGGUCGAGGUGGAUGUGCUUGAGAAGUUCUACCAGGCUACGAAGGCCGCCCUGCAGGAGGCGAAGAAUGAGAGGCUGUCAGCGAAGACAAACCUCAAGCUCGCGAAGCUCUGGCUCGACAGAAAGCAGUACCCCCGGCUAGGAAAGGUUCUACGAGACCUUCAUCUGGCAACAGCAGGUACAGAUGGCGAGGAUGUCGCGCAGAAGGGCACGCAGCUCCUCGAGAUCUACGCACUCGAGAUCCAAAUGCACAACGAGACGAAGAACUUCAAGAAGCUCAAGGAGAUUUACAAUGCGUCUAACUCCGUGCGCUCAGCGAUUCCCCACCCACGCAUCUUGGGUGUCAUCAAGGAGUGUGGAGGCAAGAUGUGGAUGGGCGAACGGCAAUGGAAUCGCGCUAGCGAGGACUUCUUCGAGUCAUUCAAGAACUACGACGAGGCGGGCUCCCCGCAGCGGAUCCAAGUGCUGAAGUAUCUUGUGCUCGCGAACAUGCUGACGGGCAGCGAGGUCAACCCGUUCGACAGUCAGGAGACCAAGCCAUACAAGAACGACCCGCAAAUUAAGGCCAUGACCGAUCUCGUCGAUGCGUACCAGCGACGUGAGGUCCAUACAGCCGAGAAGAUCCUGAGAGACAACCGGACGACCAUGGACGACCCGUUUAUCCAGUCAUACAUUGGAGAGCUGCUGCGUAGCCUCCGUACUCAGUAUCUCAUCGACCUCAUCAAGCCAUACACGCGUCUCGAGCUCUCGUUCCUUGCCAAGCAACUCAAUGUCGACAACAAUGAAGUGGAGGACCUCCUCAUCGGACUGAUCCUCGAGGGCAAGGUCGAGGGAAAGAUCGACCAAGUGUCAAUGCGCCUAGAGCUUUCAACCAAGCAAAGCUUGGAAAAGAGACGAUACGACGCCCUCGACAAAUGGACCGGUGCCCUCGAGUCUGUGCAAAAUGCCAUCAUCGGCAAGGCACAGAGCGGUAACCGAGGAACGGACACGUCGUUCGGCGUUGGGAGUGAUCCAUUCAGCGGUCCAAUGCGUGAGAUGGAGAGACUGGGAGGAAGGUUCUAAGCGGAUUGUGGAUCCCGAAUGCUGUUCGUUUCUUUGUUGUACAUCAUCGUGUAGCUCUCAAUUUACCAUGCAUGCUGUCGCGCAACUCC